GCUGCCAAAUGUAGUGGGUGCAUGGAAAAAAUUGCCCCCACGGAAUUCGUCAUGCGGGCGCUGGAGUGUGUUUACCACUUGGGCUGCUUUUGUUGCUGUGUCUGCGAGCGGCAACUGCGAAAAGGGGACGAGUUCGUCUUGAAGGAAGGCCAGCUCCUGUGUAAAAGCGACUACGAGAAGGAGAAAGACCUGCUCAGCUCCGUCAGUCCGGAUGACUCCGAUUCAGUGAAAAGUGAUGAUGAGGAUGGGGACAUCAAACCAGCUAAGGGACAAGUGACCCCCGGGAAGGGCGGCGAUGACGGGAAAGACCCAAGAAGACCUAAAAGGCCACGGACAAUCCUCACAACACAGCAGAGAAGAGCAUUCAAGGCCUCCUUCGAAGUAUCGUCCAAGCCGUGUAGGAAGGUGAGGGAGACUCUGGCGGCUGAAACAGGCCUCAGCGUUCGCGUAGUCCAAGUCUGGUUUCAGAACCAAAGAGCGAAGAUGAAAAAACUGGCGCGGCGGCAUCAGCAGCAGCAGGAGCAGCAAAACUCCCAGCGGCUUGGCCAAGUAAUGUCCAACCGGAUGGAAGGGAUAAUGACGUCGUACACACCCCUUGCCCCACCGCAGCAACAGAUUGUAGCAAUGGAGCAGAGCACCUACGCCACCGAUCCUUUCCAGCAAGGUCUCACCCCGCCACAAAUGCCAGGUGACCACAUGAAUCCUUAUGGAAAUGACUCCAUUUUUCAUGACAUCGACAGUGACACUUCUUUAACGAGUUUGAGUGACUGCUUCUUGGCUUCCUCGGAAGUAAACUCCAUGCAAGCCAGGAUAGGAAACCCCAUUGAUAGGCUGUAUUCUAUGCAGAGUUCCUACUUUGCUUCAUGA